GGUGCAGCUGCCCGCCAUCGACGUGGACUGCACCUUCCUCAACAACUCCAUCGGCCGGCACAACUUCCUGGGCCGGACGGAGGUGUUCCCCGGGGACCUCAUCAGCAGGCCGGGCUCCGAGACGUCGCUGCCGCCCAUCGGAGGGGACGCGUGCAGCACGCUGGCCACCUCGCAGGGCAGCGAGCAGCUGCGGGGCGCCAUCAGCGCCGAGUGCCUGUACAUGCAGGGCGGCCCCGACCGGCCGCGCACCGCCAUGCCCGCCUACCCGUACCGCAGCAAGACCCGCGAAGAGUUCCUGCUGGACGUGCGGCGCGCCACGCAGACCCUGGACUUCGCCGACGUGCAGCGCUUCUACAUGCGGACCUUCGACUCGUACGUGGAGCUGUGCGCGCUCUUUAAGGAGAACCCGAACCAGGAUGGGGCCCGCCUGGUGGACCCGGACCUCAAGAUGGACUUCCUGUACGCCGUCCACGAUGCCCUCAAGGAAGUGCCCACCAACGUCCACAAGUCCGUGCUCAAGUCGAUGAUCAACGCCAUCUGCCAAGAGAACAUCAUGUACGCCCUUGGCCUGCGCCGCAAGGACCAGGUGCGGGCGCUCUUCAUGCUGGUCCAGAACCCCCUGUUCUGUGACCAGUCCUCGUGCGUCAUCUACGCGCAGCUCCUGCGCCGCGUGGUGCACCUGCCCGCCAGCGACCACCAGAUGCUGGUGCACUGGCUCAAAAUCCUGGAGGUGCCGCGGCUCCGCGCCCUGGUGCGCAACGUGAUGCUGUUCCUGUCCGUGCGCCAGUUCCCCACGGCCGACCCCAACCACACCCUGCCCGAGCCCAACAAGAUGCGCUGGUGGAUCCCCACGGCCGCCAGGAUGCUCGCCUUCAUCAACGCCGCCAACAACAGCUGCCGCCCGCCGCUGCUGCACUUCUCCGAGCUCUACAACGAGGCGCUGGACCACAUCGACCUGGCCAACGACUACUUCAAGUGGCAGGACCCCUCGCCCACGUCCAACCACUUCUCCUACUGCCAGUACCCGUUCAUCCUCAGCAUCAACGCCAAGCGCCUCAUCCUCACCAAGGACUCGGAGCAGCAGCAGAUGAUCAACGCGCGCCGGAGUCUCGAGACCAAGACGUCGCGCCAGCACAUGUCGCAGGUCGACAUCUUCUUCCUCAACAUGACCGUCCGGCGCAGCCACCUCGUCGAGGACUCUCUCAAGGAGAUCCAGAGAGCCUCGGAGCGGAAAGAACUAAAGAAGAAACUGCGACUGACGUUCGCGGGCGAGCCCGGCCUGGAUAUGGGCGGGUUGACCAAGGAGUGGUUCCAGCUCCUGGUGCGGGAGAUCUUCGACCCGGAUAAGGGCAUGUUCGUGUACCACCCGCACUCCCGCUGCUACUGGUUUCGGAUCCCCAGCACGGCGCGUACCUGGAGCGUGACUGACUCGGCGUCCAGGUCCACCACCGCGCCACCGUCCCCCGUCGACGGCGAGGCCGACGUGGACGCGGCCGUGGACAGGGUGGCGGUGGCGGAGGAGGAGGAGAGCCUGCAGCAGUACAACCUGAUCGGCGUGCUCAUGGGGCUGGCCGUGUACAACUCCAACAUCCUGGACCUCCGCUUCCCCUCCGUCUGCUACCAGAAGCUGCUCUCGCCGCCCGUCGUGCCUCACGGGGACAUGCACCUCGGCGUGGUGCGCAACCCCAGCCUCGACGACCUGGCGCAGAUCAUGCCCGAGGUGGCGCGCGGCCUUCGCGAGCUGCUCGCCUACCAGGGCGACGUGGAGCAGGACAUGUGCCUCACCUUCCAGGCCUCCAUCGAGGAGUUCGGCGCCGUCAAGACGUUCCCGCUCAAGCAGGGCGGCGAGGAGAUCCCCGUCACCAACACGAACCGCAAGGAGUACGUGCGCCUGUACCUCGACUGGAUGCUCAACACGGCCGUCUACAACGAGUUCCGCUCCUUCUACCUCGGCUUCCACUCCGUGUGCGCGUCCAACGCCCUCAUCAUGCUGCGGCCCGAGGAGGUCGAGAUGCUGGUGUGCGGCUGCCCGCAGUUCGUGCUGGAGGAAUUGCGGAAAGUGACGGAGUACGACGGCUACCUGCCCAACUCACCCGUCAUCAUCAACAUGUGGAGCGUGCUGGAGGAGUUCUCCGAGGACAUGCGCAAGCGCUUCCUGCUCUUCACGACGGGCAGCGACCGCAUCCCGGUGGGCGGCGCCGUCAUGAUGACGUUCAAGGUGUCGCGCGCGCUGGUGCCGCCGCAGAUGCUGCCGCAGGCGCACACCUGCUUCAACCAGCUCAUGCUGCCCGAGUACCCCACCAAGGACGCGCUGCGCGCCAAGCUCAGCAUCGCUGUGCAGUACGCGGAGGGCUUCGGCCUGGAGUAGC